CAAUCAUACCGGACGAAGCAGUCUGAGCUGCACAUCCUUCAGGCAGUGCUGAUCGAACGGCGUGUUGCAUUCUUCAGUUUGCAUCCAGACUCGCUGCACACACAUCUCCAUAGACUGCCAGCUUCAUCCAGAUCAACUAUCUUAUAGACGACCAUGAGCGGCAACGACACGGCCAUCCUCGUCUUCAAGAUCAUCACUAUCGUCACGACCGUCAUGAUGCGCUUUUCGCUGCUGCCAGAUUUCCAGCGGAUGCGAAAGAUGAAGAGCACAGGCGACAUGUCUGUGCUGCCCUGUGUGUUGCUGUACGCCAACUGCUACUUGCUGUGCUGGUAUAGUUACGCCGUGGACAACAUCAUCCCGCUAUUCCUGACUGCAGCACUCGGGGUCAUUUGCGGAGCCAUCCUCGCUGUCUUCUUCUACAAGUGGACAGCACACAAACGCGAUGUCAUGAAAAUCUUUAUAAUAUCAGGCGUGGUCAUGAUUCUAGAAACAAUUUACGGUGUGAUAGCGUUGCUGGGAUGGUCAGGUCAAAGUCGGUCGUCUACGGGUACAACACUAGGUGUUCUCGUUAUCAUUUCGUCCGUCGGACUGUACGCGUCGCCGAUGGCUACAAUUCGACAUGUGAUUCGGACCAAGACAUCGUCUUCAAUGCCUUUCACAAUGGGCGUUGUGAACGUCAUCAAUAGUUUCUGCUGGGUCGUGUAUGCUAUCCUGGUCGACGACGUUUUUAUCUUGGUCCCGAAUGCGUCAGGAGCACUAUUAGGCUCGAUCCAGCUCAUCCUUACGUGUAUUUAUCCGCGUAAAGCUCUGCCUGAUGGCCAGAUCAUUUCUGGGACGAUCAAUGACCCUCACGCUGGUUCGACCGUCUGUGGUGAGCUGGCGGCGCUGUCAAUCGUAGUGCACUCUCCACUUCAGGACAAUCGAAAGAACAAGAAGAGCGACGCUGUUGAUGGCUCAAGUUUUGUUGCGCUUAGAUCUCCCGAGUCAUGAAGAAUAGAAUUAAUCUUUAAAAAUCAAAAUGUGACGAUAAUGCCGAAUGAUCUAGAC